ACGAAAAUUUGGUUGCAACGUGAAGAAAGCGAGGGGAAGAGGAAUAUCUCUCAUUUCUGCAAAAUAGUUCAGAGCCAAAUGAAGAAGGAAGAGACUGUGAAAUUGAUCAGCGCUGAGGGUUUCGAGUUCUUGAUCCACAAGGAUGCUGCCAUGGUUUCUCAGACCAUUCGAAACAUGCUUACUUCCCCAGGUAAUUUUGCUGAAUCGCAACACAGAGAAGUGACUUUUCCUGAGAUUAGUACCACCAUUCUCGAGAAGAUUUGCCAAUAUUUUUACUGGAAUCUUCAAUUCGCCAGUGGGAAAGAGACCGAGUUCCCGAUUGAACCUGAAUUGACUCUUGAGUUGAUGAUGGCUGCCAACUAUCUCCAUACAUGAAAUGUGACCUCCGUGCAACCUUCCAGAUAGAACCAUUUGACAUUAUAAUCAGGUGGCAAUUAUUGUAGGGAUAAAUGUUGGGUAUUUUUGUACUUAGCUAGCCUCACUGAGAUGACUUAUAGAAUACACUUGAAACAUCUAUGUUUCCAUAACCUUUUGUUUUAAGGAGAUAUUGGUCGAUGGUUCUUCAGAAG